AUUCUAAGUCCCUCUGUAGUAUAUAUUGUACUGGAACUUCACUAUAGAGUCCUCAUCCUCUCCAGAAGAUCUCCACCCAGUUCUUGAGGUAUCCAAUCCAGAAGAAACAUCGAAUUCUCCUCAAGUUUAUCACUACCCCAAGCUACCCAUACAAGAUGACGUCCUCUCGCGGCAUCCCACCCCCAGAAGUUCGCACCCGCAUCCUGAACAUCUCAUCGCGACGAGCCCUCUACAGCAACGAGCGCGACACUAACGCUCUGAACCACGUCGACAGCACGACAACCUACGACGACCAGUACUGGUAUAUCCAGCCCGGGAAAGACAAGAACCAAGGCCGCUACCUGAUCGUGAGCGCCUACACCGGCCGAGCCCUCUGGGCCAACCACCGCAACGGCGCAAACGGCGGGAACGGCGAGGUAGGCACCUACAACCCGCCAGGCGAAUACGCAGACCAUUACUUCGACCUUGCACAGACACAAGGCACCGGCGUGCGAAAUAAGCAGUUUCGUCUGCACUCGCCCGCGGGUUCUGGCAAUUUCUUCUCUCGCACGCAUGCGCAGCCUGAACUGGGUUGCCUGUCGGACACAGACAAGAUCUACGACGACCACUGGUUCACCUUCGAGAUGGAGCCGUUGCAAUUCGUCAGGAUCGAGUACGAUGAACAGCACCCAGAGAUCAUCACGACGGGCAUCAGGCACUUUCCCCCGCAAAAGGCGAUGAACCAUCUGGAGAUUGAGACGACGCAGGAGAUGACGAUUAGCCAGGAGACGGAACAGCAGUCGACGUUUACUUCCGAGGUCGGGCUUUCCGUCACGGUUUCGGCCGAGUUUAGCUGCGGUGUGCCGCUGUUUGCGGAGGGCAAGGUGGGCAUUAGUACUACGUUGAGUACGAAUUUGUCGUGGGGUACUACGAACAUCACGAGGCAGAAGUGGGAAGCAAAGGUGGUGCUGAAGUGCCCGCCCAAGUCUGCUACGCUCUGCACUGCUUCUGUGUUGGAGACUAGGCUCCGCAUGCCUUUUGUGUCGUACUGGAAGACGGAGAAAGGCGGGAAGGAGGUCCAACUCAAGGGGGUUUAUGAGGGGCAGAGCUGUGCUAGUUUGAGCACCGUGUCUUCGCAUCUUCCGUACACGCCCGAGAAGAAGUGAUACUUCCCUGUAUGCGAGUGGUAGUAUGGGAAGGCUUCU